CGGAUUUAUCAACCACAGAGAAAAUCAAGAAGAUGUAAUGUCAUAAUUCUGCGCGGCGCGCGCCAUUGUUCAUCUGGUGGCGCUGCAGAUAGUUUUUAGAGAAGCGGCUGUGUUGUUUUAUAAGAAAAAUGGCAAAAAAGAGGGUAGAAAAAAGUGAUAGCGAGGAGGAAGAAUAUUCAGUAGAAAAAAUUAUCGACCGAAGAGUUGUGAAUGGUAAAGUGGAAUAUUUCUUGAAAUGGAAAGGUUAUGAUGAAUCUGAUAAUACCUGGGAGCCUGAAGACAAUUUAGACUGUCCUGAAUUAAUAGCUGCUUUCGAAAAAAAUCGUAAAGCUAAAGGUAAAGUGGAAGAUGAUACCUCUAAAGACAAGAAAAGGAGGCGAAGCAAUUCUGAAUCCUCGGAUAAGUCGGAUGAGACUGAGAAUAAAAAAAAGAAUGAUAAAAAGAAACGUUCUGAUUCAGCUCCAGAAUCUGACGAUGAAGGGAAAAAGAAAACAAAAAAGAACAAAACGGAAUCCGAUGCAGAAGAUGAUGGAAAAAAGAAAACUAAGAAAAAUAAAGCAGAUUCUGAUUCAGAAGAGGAAAAAAAAGCCAAGAAAUCAAGAAGAACCAAAUCUGAAAUUGAAUCUGAAACGGACAAGAAGUCAAGAAAGACUGAAUCAAAAAAAGAUGACGAUUCAGCUAAAAAAAGAAGUAAAAAUACCAAAAGUGAGAAAGAUGAUAAGAAGAAGGUUCUGACAGACUCUGAUUCUUCAGAAGAUGAAAAAACAAAUAGAAAAAGGACUAAGAAGACUGACUUGAGAAAAGUAAGCAUAAAAGUAGUAGAACAAUCAGAUUCUUCUGAUGAUGAAAAGGAGAAGGCAAAAAAAUCAGAUGAAAAAACCAAGAAGUCUGACAGCAAAAAAAAUGACAGGUCUAACAAUAAAGAAAAAGAAAAAACAGGAUUUGAUAAAGGCUUGGAAGCGGAGAAGAUCAUUGGAGCUUCAGAUACUACCGGACAACUUAUGUUCCUCAUCAAAUUUAAAGAUUCUGAUGACACAGAUCUGGUCCCUGCAAAAAUAGCUAAUGUUAAAUGCCCCCAAGUUGUUAUUCAAUUCUACGAAGAAAGAUUGGCUUGGCAUUCGCCUGAUGAUUGAAUCAAUAUUGAAUGCCACUCAAUUAGAUUUAAUGGACAUUUUUUUAUUCUGUUCGUUUGUUGAUAAGUUUUGAAACUUAUAUUCAUGAUUUUUUAAUGAUGGAUUUAUAUUUUUUUAAGCAUUUGAUUAUUAUGUUUUGAGUUUCCUCUGUAUUGAACUUAGAUUUCAUGUGAAACUUAGAAAUAAACAGUAAUAUUUAAUUUA